CUGGUCUCUGGACCAAAGGCAGUACUAUUACUGAUGUCCACGCUCAUGACCUCAUAUGGCUCCCACACCUCAGAGCCUCCCUGCCCAUCAGGUAUCUACCCAUGAUCUGUGGCCUCCUCAGGGACCCACCUUGUUCUCACUCACUGCAGAGAACGUGUGAGCUGUCAUCCAUGGCGGCAGCGGCACCCUCUCCUCCCACACCCGGCCACUACCAUGUUCUCUACCGAGGGUUUGGAGAGAGCCAGGUGGGCUGGCAUGGGGAGACAUACUGCCUGGUUGGCGGCUACCGGACCUACGGAGAUGCCCCCGUGGCCACCCCAGAGAAGAUGGAAACAGAAAAGCGCCCCCGACGGGCUCCCAAGAGACGCCACACUCGGUCCGAGUCGGACAACGAGCUGGGCUGCUCCAGCCCCAAGAUUCAGCGUUUGCAGCCUGGUGGCAGGAGGCAGAAACUCGCUGGCUGAGCCCCUCUGUUGAGAGAAGUCAUGAACCGCCGGACACGGCACCUGCCUCUUCCCUCGGACACGCCGCUGCACUCAUGUCUGUGCCUGUCUGUGCCUUUCUUAGCCCACAGCCUCCUUCCGGGACACUGAGGUCUGAAACAAAAAGCUGCUGGGAACAUCCUGGGGCUGAAGCCGAACCUGGAAAAAUAAUCCUCAGGUUCCUCUGCCCCAUCCUCAAGUCCCUGCCAUGGUGGCAGGAGGAAUAGAGCACUGUUCUGGACAAGCAGGGAAGACCCAAGAGCAGAGAAGGGGACGGUGGCUUUCCCCACACACUCCUCCCUGGUCACUGCCAGCAGCCACUGCGCUUAUCCGGAGGGGUAGGCCUGCUUGGAAUUAGAGGAAGCAAUCUGUGGCUCUCUGGGGGUUCCCUGA